CAGCUACGAAUCUUAGCAGCAAAAUGAAGAGCUUUUGCGUUGUUCUCGUAUUUUCGAUUUGUUUUCUGCUGGCAACAACCUUUGCCGAGGAGAAAUACACGACGAAAUAUGACAAUAUCGAUAUCGACACGGUAAUUAACAGUGAGAGACUUCUGAAUGGUUAUGUAAAUUGCCUGUUGGAUCACGGAGCUUGCACUCCCGACGCCGCUGAACUGAAAAAAAAUCUGCCCGAUGCGCUGGAACACGAUUGCUCAGCCUGUAGCGCGAAGCAGAAGGAAGUCGCGAAUAAGGUCUCUCAAUAUCUAAUCGAUCAUAGGAGAGAAGAUUGGAGUCUUCUCGAAGCAAAGUAUGAUCCGACUGGAGCUUACAGGCAGCAGUACCUUCAAACUCAAAAUAAAGAAAGGGCAAUAGAUUAA